GGGACUCGGUGCGACGCGGGCUCCGAGUCGACCGGUCUACAGUGGAACCAGACCGAGGGCGGCCUCGUGGCGACGGCCCCUUGCCCGGGGGGAUACCAGGGUGCCGUCUACCGACCCUGCUACAGCUCGGGUCUCUGGGGGACAUCAGACUACACCGACUGCCGCCUCGAGAGGCUUGCCAACAUCCGAAAUCUGAUUUACUACCACCUGCACAACAACCUGAUCGAGGGUCUGUACCACCUGGCGGACGAUCUAGCCAGGUAUUUGGCUACCGUGGACAUGAAGAGCCCCAUGGACCGGCUGGAUACCAUGGACACACUCAACAGCAUCCUCCAGACUAAGGUCACGCUCAAGCUCCGUAAUGGCUUCGACAUCGCCUUUGUCCAGUCACUACUGGAGUCUGUGAACGAAAUACUGACAAGGAAGAACGUAGAGUUCACGUCGGAAUCAAGAAAAAUCUCCCUGAUGACCGCUAAAACUGGGGAGAUGGUCCUCAGCUUGUCGACAUUCGUGGACACGGCGCUAAAUGGAUUUCGACAAAGCGACCUCAAGGAGGUGGCUCUAUCGGCGUCCGAGAAUAUAGCUCUCAACCUUCGGAGGAAACUCAAGAAGGAGCAGCCUGUCCUGGUCUACACAAACGAAUCAGAAAUAACGACAGUGAAGCUGGAAGACGACUACCCUUCAGGGAGCGUUCGAGCCGUGUUGGUGCUGAGGGGCUUGGGUUCCCUGCUGAACAACGACAUCAUCUUGCUCAACAGUGACUUGCUCAUCAUUGCUUUCCUUCCACCCCUGAAAGGCGCCACGAGCAACUUGACUUCGUUCUUCGACGUCACCAUGAACUACAAGGAGGAAAGCAAGCUUUCUACAACGGCGCUUGAGUGUGGCUCCGUAUGGAACUCCACGUGGCUCUGGUCCAGGGAGAACUGCCGCCUCGUCAGCCAGUCCGGGCGCACGGCCACUUGUCGCUGUCAGCAGUCCGGCAACGUGGCCGCCCUCUUGCACAAGAACUGGCUCAAGGAAAAAAGCAUUCCGCCUCCUCGGGUUAGCAUCGUCAUGCUUGGAGGAUGCGUGAUCUGUCUCGGAGCUGUCGUGCUCACCUUCGUCGUUUACGUCUGCAACCUGAGGAAAGACAUCUCCGAAAGCUCAAUAAUAAAAAUGAAUCUCCUGAUCUCGGUGGCCUUCAUUCAAAUUGUCUACAUUGCCGGCGUCCAGGCUACGUCAAUACGAGAAGUAUGCUACAGCGUGGCCAUCGUGCUGCACUACCUGUUCCUGGUGGCCAGCUUCUGGAUGCUGUCGUACGGCAUCCACCUGUACCGGCGGCUGCGCAGCUCGGCGGCCCUGGCGCCCUCGGUGCCGCCGUCGGCCCGGCUGCUGCGCCCGCGCACCCGCGACUACUGCCUCCUCUCGUGGGCGCUCCCGGGGGCCCUGGUCGUGCUCUCGUUCGUCGUCAACCCCAGGGGAUACGAGAUACGCAGAUAUUGCUGGCUGUCCAUUCAGCGCGGAAUGCUGCUGUCUUUUAUCGUCCCAAUUUCCAUUCUCAUCGUGGUAAACACAACCCUGAUGGUCCUGGUGCUGAGAUGCUUCUUCGCACAAAGGCCUGUCACGCACAAGACGGACAUUGACAAAAUUAGAUGUUCCUUACGAGCGGGCGUCGUGCUGCUGCCAUUGCUUGCCGUGAACUGGUUCUUCGGAGUCUUAUCGCUGGAGAACACGUCAACUGCCAUCUUCGAAGGGGUUUUUGCCUGCACGAACAGCCUUUUGGGAAUCUUCAUCUUCGUGUUCUACUGCGCCGCAAACCCCGAGAUUCGCUACACGUGGAACCUGGCGGGCUGGAUCAAGACCCAGAGCCAGAAACGCCCGAAGUCGGGCGCCAUCAAGCUCAAGAAGAGUUCUACGUUUUCGUCGCAUGGCAGGCAGUCGUGCACGGUGUCGCCUACCGACGACGCGGCACGGUCCGACGUCCAGCCGCUGCUAUUCGCGUCGGCGGCGCCCAGCGAAGACCUUCCGUCCUCGUCGUCCACCACUUUCCUCCGGGUUUGAGGAACACGCCGGUUUGCCGCCAUUGGACAUUCCUUUGCCACACCUCCAGCGCGACCGCCGUAGGCCGCGUCGAGCGGACAGCCAGUGAAAUGCGACGCCCAUGAGCGCAGAACUCAAGCUUGCGAUGAGAAGCGAUCUGCCUCUAACGUCCACGUAAGGGUCUCCGAACACAAGAUUGAGGACCAGCGCAGGUUCCCCAAGAACCAUUUCAUCGGAGACUAAACUAACCCGUGGAGGGCCUACCAAGUUCACAGAUAGUCUGAUGUCCUGCACCUUCGAUUUCCUAUGCUGAUGACAGGAGAGGUAUUAGAACAGCGAAUCUUUAUCCUGAAAACAGUAGGCUGCUCAUGGCGCUUGUAAGUCUUCUCAGACAUAAGUUUCUUGAACCACAAGCCACAUUUAACGAACAUUGGUGAAUGUCGAAAAAAAAACAUGAUUAGGAAAUUUUCUGAAAAUUUUUUUGAAUUGUUAAAGGGAUCGCGCGCCGUCGGACAGUGAAGUUCUCGACGCCAAGCACGUUGAGGGUUUUAUGAAAAGAAGAGGGUGAGGUAGCCUCAGUAAUUAAAUAUUACAAUGCUUAAUCGGUGAUCUGACCGUACAUGACCGUAUAAGGUAAAUUGUGAACUUCUAAAUGUUUAUUUAAUCAAGAUGCGCUAAGUUUACAAGAUAGCAGAAUCUCCCGGUAAUCGGAUUUAAAUACUUAAUUGCGCUUCCCCUUGACAUUUAAAAGAAAUCUAGCAUUUAAGAAACAAGCGAGGCUCAAUUGUUGCGAGUUUCACUAACCUGCCAAUUACUGCAAUAUCUACGAGGUUCAAUAUCUACGAGGUUCACUAACCUGCCAAUUACUGCAUUUAGACACCUUUCCUUUUUUAGGGACAAAUAAGAAAAAGAGAUUACUAUUAAAACAAAUGAAUUAGAAAUAUACCCAACUACAUAGUCCGCAAAUCGUUGCAAACUUUUAAAAGGAGGGCGGACAGCCGGGUAUUAGCGUUUUAUAAUAACCCGCCACUUUUUUUUGCGGUCGUCCGAAAGGGUUAUCAAACUAGACACAAGCGUAAACUUUUUAUGUUAAUAAUAUCAACGUUGCCGCUCAAACUGGCGUGGUUAAUUGUAGGAUUAAUUUUUUAUUGAUAGCAAUUCAAGCGUCUAAUCAAACGCGAUUGUUGGUGUAAACAAAAACAAUGGACAAUCCUUUUGUACGAAUACUGGUGAAUGAAGAGAAGGCUACAACCCCCUCGAGGUACAACAUCGCGCUCAAACAAAACGUUAUCGCCUAAACGUCACAAGGAGUCACGCCUAAAGCUGCCCUCUCAAAGCACACAUCCCAAGGUAUAUUCAUCGGGUACCUGAACAUUUAGCGUCAUACAAGAGUGGUUGCCACAGUGAGCACAGCCUGAUGAAACAGACCCUCGAGGCGAAUUUAGACCGAGACGUAAAGGAGCUUUAGAUAAGCAUAGCAUCGAUCAUUGCUCAAGAGUGCUUCAACUAACAAUAUACCAUAAGCAUCUGUAUAUAUCCUCAGCCGCUUUUAGACAUGCCUUGGUAUCGCACUGGGAAGUCGCAGUUUAUGACGUAUAGAAGAGCUUUUGUCUGUGUAACAUGUGCCACAAACGCGUAGCGAGUCCAGAGCGUCCCAUCCGUAAUGCUUUUAAGGGACGGCGGGUGGCAAACAUUGUGCUGGUUGUGCCAAAUGUAUUCGUAGUCAUACCAUCACGCGCACUCGUCAUAAGUAGGCUUCCGUGUCUUGGGAAUUAGUCCUUCAAUUUCCACGGUAUAUUUUCUUUCUUUCUUUUUUUUGGGGGGGGGGGGGGGAAGCGUUAAGAGCUUGAUUUUUUUUUUAAUUCGAUUUUUCCGCUGUCAGCAUUAUUUUCUUUUUUUGGGCAGGCAACUGGGGAAUUAUUGUUAGGGCUUAUGUCGACAAAACAGGACAUGGUUCACGGCCGGGGGAUUCCCCAACCCCGAGAGAACACUGGCGGGAGCAAAUACUCGGAAAAAAUAUCGCUACCAAGAAGAGAAAGCAACAAGGGGCGUGAUACCCGAACCAACAAAACAGCCUCACGAAUAGUUCGGUGUGGGUGUACAUUCCGAGUCAACACAAAAUAAAGCUUUCGAUAAAGGUUCCUUUCCGUGAAGCUUGGGGGCUGUCUUAUUCUAGGACAAGCUUCAUUUCGGGGUCUUAGGUCUUUUCCCGUUUUUGAUAAAAACCGGCUUAGGGAGGUUAUUCCGGGAAAAAGGGGUGGGGAGGCGGGGGGAGGGGGGCGUCGGUAUACACAAAACACACGGAACUCUAUACUCCGUAUCACCUUAAGUCCAGACGGAGCCCACGCUACAAGUUAUUGAAACCACCCAAACAGCGUCAAACGCGCAAGUCACCAGGCCUUUUCUGCUUAUGAUUGGUUCGGCGAUGAUACAGCAAGGUCGGAAACGUGACGAACAACACCAUGAUGGUGCGCUUUUCACGCUGUCUGAUUGGUCCUAUCAGCUCGUACUGUCGGCUGCGUUUGGACCUAAGGUGAAACGGAGUAAAGUCAUAAGUUGGAAGUAGACGGCAGUAGUUUCCUCCGUGUCCUCCGUUCACCUUCGAUAGUCUGUGCUUUCGUGGUUCUCCGCAUGCGUGACGUUCAUCCUUUGACGACACCGCACUGUUCCUGCGCAUCACUUCACAUGAAAGAAAAGCCGAGGCCUUGCUAUUUUUCGCAGCUGUAUGAACCAGCAAACGCGCUCCGCGCGUUUAGAUGCCGUACGGUAUUCUUGUCGUUGACAGUAAGUGACUCGCAUGUUUCUUUGUUGUUGUUUUUCUCGAACGCUGAAAGUUUUAGGGUAUGAUUUAUGUUCUGUAUACACAUCUUGAAGCACAUGUUUGGUUUGGAUUCAAUAAAAGCUUUCAUAACCAAA